AUGCACCUUUUUUGGUGUGUCGAGGAUGGCUAUAUUCGGUUGAUUGACGGUCGGAGGAUAGAUGGAUCGGUGAUUUUAUGGGAAGUUCGUGAUCUGAACAGCAAAGAACACAGAAAUAUAAGAGUUAAUAUUGAGUUUGACUACGCGUCACACAUCGCCUGGAGCCCUGACUCCAAGGGAUUCGUUGUUCAUACAGUUCAAGAAAACCACAUCAUGGGCUACAAGGUUGAGAAGAAGAAAGAUCUCAUCGUUUCUGUUUCGCAUGCCAUCAGUUUUGACAAGCCGUACUCCGAGUUCAUUAAAUUAUCUCUAACUGUAGUUUUACUAAAGAACCGUGCUACUAAAUAUAGAGCGUUUACGGAAGCUUUGAGCAGAGAAGCUUUUGAUUGUGUGCAUGUAAAUCCUGACUUAAAUAGCCGUUAA